CAAAAUUUUCUUUCUCAGGAGAUUGUAACUUUCUUUUCAUAACAAUGGCCAGAAUAACUGUUGAUCACGUAGAAGAGGAAUUUACAAAGACCACAGACAAAACCAAUUGUGUCUUUGGCCUUUGCUCAUCACCUUCAACAGUAACCAUCACACAAAAGUUGAUUGCAGAAGCCAUUGGUACGUAUUUUGUGAUAUUUGCUGGUUGUGGAUCAGUUGUUGUGAACAAGAUCUAUGGGUCAGUCACAUUUCCAGGCAUAUGUGUAACGUGGGGUUUGAUUGUCAUGGUCAUGAUUUAUUCUGUUGGUCAUAUUUCUGGAGCUCACUUUAAUCCGGCAGUCACUAUCACUUUUGCCAUCUUUCGCCGAUUCCCUUACAAGCAGGUUCCUCUAUACAUUGUAGCUCAACUGAUGGGAUCAAUUCUUGCCAGUGGCACUUUGGCUCUAGUGUUUGAUGUAACCCCUAAUGCUUACUUUGGAACUGUACCAGUUGGAUCGAACUGUCAAUCCUUAGUUCUGGAAAUUGUGAUAUCCUUCCUCUUGUUGUUUGUCAUCUCUGGUAUUGGCACAGACGACAGAGCUACAGGUGAACUAGGAGGGAUUGUCACUGGAAUGACUAUACUAUUGAAUGUUUUAGUUGCAGGGCCAAUUUCAGGAGCUUCAAUGAAUCCAGCAAGGAGUAUUGGGCCUGCUGUUGUAAAACAUGUCUAUAAAGGAUUAUGGGUCUAUGUAGUUGGGCCAAUUAUUGGAGCAAUUGCUGGAGCAUUCGCCUAUAAUCUAAUAAGAUUCACAGACAUGCCUCUUAAGGACUUAGUUCGGAGUGGGUCAUUCCUCAGAGGUACUUCAGCUAAAUAA